UAGGUUUUUGUUUUUAUUGUGAUAAUGCUGCUCAACUAAAUCUUAAUUUCAAACUUAUUGGUGCCUAGUACUAUCACUUUCUCUAUUCCAGAUGGUUAAGGGGCCAGAGUUUUCCUGUAGCACUGAGUUAAAGCUCACAAGUAGAAACCUUGUUAUUUCACUCAUUUGACUGGGAAAAGUAACACCAAACUAACAAGUCAUAACCGAUUUGCUGGUGUAAUUUUCUUUCAUGAUUUGAUAAAAAAAAAGGCUUUCAUUCAGAAGCAAAAUUAAUAUUACUAUUUGGGAAUGAUAAUUGUCCAGGGUGGGAUUCUUAUCAACAUAGGAGACAGUGAUAGGAAAAGAGAAUCAUGACCUUUGCCAGAAAACAAAACAAAAACAUAUUCUGAUCCCACUCACACCCACCCAUACACUCACCCUUUUUUUUUAACUCUUUUACUAAAGGAGCAGAUGUGACCACACAUUUGGAAAAGAAAAAUGUGUUGUGGCACUGUAAAACAUCCCUUCUCUCCUUUCACUUUGCUGUGGGCAGAGGAAUAAAGGGAGAGUCUCUUCUUAGACACUUCUUCCUCUUUUAACCAUCUUGCUGAAUUUGCAGGUAGAAAAUAGAGUUAAGACAUGACUACUGCCUGCAAGGGAUUUCUUGAUGAACAAUUUCUCCAGCUUGAGGAACUCCAAGAUGAUGCUAAUCCAAAUUUUGUGGAGGAAGUUGUCACAUUGUACUAUCGGGAUUCAGCUAGACUAAUCCUUAACAUAGAGCAAGCAUUGGAGAGGAAUCCUCUUGAUUUUAACAAGUUAGAUAGCCUUAUGCAUCAAUUCAAGGGAAGUAGCUCAAGCAUUGGAGCCAAAAAGGUGAAAGCUGAGUGCACUCUCUUUAGGGAAUAUUGCAGGGCAGGAAAUGGAGAAGGAUGCAUUAGAACAUUCCAACAACUCAAGAAAGAGUAUGCAACAUUGAAAAAGAAGCUUGAGGCCUAUUUUCAGCUAGCAAGGCAAGUUGGGCCAGCUGAGACUGCAUGUCGCCCCAAGUAAGAAAUCAGUGGCAGAAGGAAGACAUGGCUGGAAUCUAUCUGAAAAUGAUUUUGUAAUUGGACGCCCAAUAAUCUACCCUAAUAUAGAAUGGGUUUUUAUAUUGGGUUUAUUAGGCUAUAGUUUCCGCUUAUUUCGCAGCUUUUAUAGAUAUAAUAAUAAGUGGUUUUCAAAAUCCGUUGAUAAACAAAACUAUGCUCGACUUCGUUAUUGGCCAUUUUCUUUUUGUUCACAA